CCUAUCCCUUCUUCCUCGUACUCAAGCUGUGUCCUCUAUGAACGAUCUUACUAAGCCGCAUCGCAGUCUGGAACGAUCAGUUGUGUCGCAGACAAGAGGCGAUCAAAACUAUAUGAUUGACCGAUUGACAGGGGAGGCACACCUAUGGACACAGUUUCAGCGAUCAAUCACAAAUUUUGAUUUGAAAACUUGGGCUGCUCGAACGAUCGGUUGUGUCUCAGACCUGGCCAAUGGGACGAUCAAAACUACCGACAGCAUAGAAUGUAUGAUCGGCCUGUCGCGGCGUAUGGUCCAACUUUUUUUUCGUUUCGGGUGUCUAGCGGUGCGGGAAUUUAUUGCAAUGUUUGGUAGUGAAGGUUCUUUCAUCUUCAUCGAAUGCUUCAGUGAUGUAAAGCCUGUGUUUCACAUCCAGUCAGCCAGUCAGAUCAUUUCCGACAAUGCGCAUUAUCCAACCGAACCCAACGCCUCUGUCACGUACGCGUCUGAGAUAAUCUAUUCACAAGCAUUCAUGCUCGAAGCUAUGAUCAGGACCAUUGCCAAUGACAUCUCGGUGACCAUUGUUUUUGCAGACAGUGAAGCACUGGCCACUUAUCUCGUGACUGAGGCUUCAAAACUCGACCAUGCCCCUUACCUUUCCGGCAGCGGCAAGCUCAUGGAACUGAUGAUGCGUCGGGCCGGGGGAACCUGAAGUUGAGGGAAUGUUCGUAUGGAGUAAUGGUCCUUCAUCAGCCUCUAUAAUUCUGAUCGUGUGUUUCACGUGUAAAGGUGGUGUAAGGUACACUUGCUCAACAUGUAAUUCUCGGUAGCGCAGCCUCGAUCUGAAUCUAUAAUAGUGAAGAGAUUUUGUUUCACUGCCUUUGGACGCAAACAAAAACUGGAUCGAUGAAAACGACCCUGACAAUGUAAGGCGAAGUGAGUUAAGACUUACACCCGAUUGACGCGAGAGCGAGAAGGGC